CGUCGGCUUCUUCCGCUUCUGCGGGGGGCGGGGCGAGGAGAGCGGUAGUUCCGGGCUCCCACCUGCGUGGCGGCACCCGAAGCGGCCAUCUUUGACAAGGGAAGGGGCCCCGCGGGACGUUAGCAACUUUCCCUGUAUUAUGGCGGCCUCCGCACCGACCCCGCGCGCGACGGGCUCCCAGGCCGAGGGCCGGUGCGGUUACUAUGUGGCAAAGAAGAAGAGGUUCUGCAGGAUGGUGGUGGCAGCCGGGAAAAGGUUCUGCGGCGAACACGCUGCUGCCGCGGAGGAAGAAAAUGCUCGGAAGAGGAUCCUGUGUCCUUUAGAUCCGAAACACACAGUGUAUGAAGAUCAACUGGCAAAGCAUUUGAAAAAAUGUAAUUCAAGAGAGAAGCCAAAACCGGACUUCUUUGUUCAGGAUAUUAAUGCAGGCCUGAAGGAUGAAACAGAAAUGCCUGAACAAUUCGUUCCCAUUUCUUCUCUCCCCGAAGAGCAGCUGGAAAAUUUAAUUAUGAAACUGAGGAAAGCAAGUGAAGGUCUGAACGCCACACUCAGGGAUCAGACUAUGUCCCAUCCGGCACUGCACGACGCCCUCACGGACCCGAGAAAUGGUGACUCCGCGACCAAACACCUGAAACAGCAGGCUUCUAUUUUAGGUAACAUUGAAAAGUUAAAGUUACUCGGUCCGAGAAGAUGCUUUGUUGAGUUCGGAGCAGGAAAGGGGAGGUUGUCUCACUGGGUUGACAUUGCCUUGAAAGAUGCCGAGGAAGUUCACUUCGUGCUGGUGGAGAAGGUGACCACGAGGUUCAAGGUUGAUGGCAAACACAGAAAGAAAAACGCAGUGUUUGAAAGGCUUCAGAUUGACAUUCAGCACUUGUGUUUGAACAAGAUCCCCGUGCUCAGCAGAGAGAAGCUGCCGGUGGUGGGGAUCGGAAAGCACCUGUGCGGGGUGGCGACCGACCUGGCGCUGCGGUGUUUGGUCGGAGCCUGCGGGGCCCGCGGCGAGGACGGGAGCGGGGAGCCCUCAGCCAAGCGCAUGAAGGACGGCAGAGCGGACGGAGAAGCUGGCACCGCGGCGGAGGAAGGACGCCACGGACCAGCCCCGGAGCCGUGGAGCCCCCCGGUGGCCGGCAUCGUCAUCGCGCUCUGUUGCCACCACCGGUGCGACUGGAGGCACUACGUGGGCAGGGAGCACUUCCGCGCGCUGGGCCUCGGCGCCCUGGAGUUCCACUACUUCCAGCGGAUGAGCAGCUGGGCCACGUGCGGCCUGCGGGGCGCGUCCGCGGGGGUCGCGGGCGGCGCCGCGAGGAGAGGCGGCCCGAGCAGGGACAGCGAGGAGCACGACGGCGGGGGGCACCCAGUCACGGACGGCCGCGCCGAGAGCCCACCCGGGUCCCUCACCGCGGAGGAGAAGGAGGACAUCGGGCGCCUCUGUAAGCUGCUGAUCGACCACGGCCGCGCGGAGUACCUGCGGCGGCACGGGUUCCGGCCCGCGCUGCAGUACUACACGGAGCCCGGGGUGUCCCCCGAGAACGUGCUGCUGACCGCCGUGCCGCAGCGGCCCCGCCCCGCGGCGGAAGCCUCCGCCUGACACGGGCGGGGUCUGAACCACCGCUGUCUUCCACCAGAAAAAGAAGAGCUCUUUUAAAUCGUACUUUUAUAUUCACGAAAACGUAAUCCCAAUAGGAGAGGAUGUGAACUUUAAAGGACCUUGUGGCCUCAUCGAACUUUGGUGAUAGGUUUGUUUCUUACUCGAGAGAAGUCCAGACUUGAGAGGUCAUCGCGGUCCCGCGGUGGUCUUCAGCGGGCCAUCCGGAUUGGGGUCAUUCAUCCGGAUUCACGGAGACCGGUGGGGUGUCCAGACAGCCGGCUGGGUUAUCUGAAACACACGGAACACAUCACCACGGGGCCAGCGCGUCCGCUGUCUGCUGCACUAAUUCGGAAGUGCAUCUGCCUUUGGUUUCACUUAGUACUUUUUAUGGCUCAAGGUCAAGAUGUUAACGAUCAACUGUCAGUUUCCAACAAGAGCCAAUCUGAGAAUCUGGCUUCUGUAUGGAUUUUGUCUUUCCAUGCAGAUCUGGAAAGGAUGAUCAAUUACAAUUUUUUUCUUAUGCAAACAAACUCAGAGACGUUUACAGUCAGUAAGUUUACCUUCAGAUUUCCAGAGUCAGACCUGUGUUUGUGUAUUACUGGAAUUUGUCCAUGCAAACAAACACCAAAACUGAAGAGAUGUUUCCAAGUGGGAAAAAAAACCUAUUUCAUUUUAGUAGAUAAUUAUCUAGUUAGAACUUCCAAAAAGACACUCAGAAGCCCAUUUCAGAAGUUGAAAUUUGCAAAUAUCUUCUGAAAUUGAUUACCUCAUAUCUUUUAACAGGCCAUUUUUACAUGUAUAAAUACAAAUAUAAGUAUAUUCUCUCUUGUUUGGAAAAAUAAUUUGGAGUAAAGUAGACAUUAGAUAGUGAAACCAAAAACCUCACAUUUAGACCUCAUUUAGCUCAUAUAAACAGUUUCUAUGCACAAGCAAGUAUUAAACCAAACAAGACAGGAUUGUUACUGUUUUCCACAUUUUAUCCUUGACUUAUUCUGCCUUUAUUUGUAAAAAACAAACAAAAAAAAAACCCAAAAACUGUUAAUCACUGGUGCAUUUACCAAGACAGAUUCAGAAUCACUAAUUUUAGGUACAAUUAUAUUCUUAGGUCACUUUUUGCCUUGUGGUCUGUGAUUCCAUGAAUUGUAAACCAAAUCUCUAGUCUGUUCUUAAUGCCCGACCUUUCUGUUCAGUUUAAUCACAGAUGUUGUGUGAAACUGCUCAGUCCAAAUCCCAACCCUGUGACCUCUCAGCUCUGUGGCCUUGGGCAAGCUACUUCAUCUCUUCGUGCCUCGAUUUCCUCCUCGCAGAAUGGGGAUGGGGACAGUGAUAGGACCUACCUCGCAAGGUUGCCGUGAACAUCAGAUUGUGCGUGUAAAACGCUUACAACAAUCGGGGCGCAGAGUAAGCACUCCACAAAUACUGUAAUGAAGAGCACUAACUCAUGAAUAUUUUUCAUAAAAAACAAGCAGCCUCGGUUUCAUAAGUCGUAACCUUUUUCUCUUGUUAGAAGUUCUAGGUCAAACAUUGCUGGAGUAAGGUAGUCUGGUUACAUUUUAAGUCCAGUACUCAUGCUCCCCCCGCCCCCCCGAUCUAGGAUGUGUGGAUGGAGAUAAUACAGCCAUUUCGAUAAUGAACUUGCGUCACUGGGUCAGCCAGCUAGUUUGUGUCACACAGCCGGUUCUGUAUCACUCGACAAGUUAUGCCCUGAAAUAAAUGGCAUUCUACAACAG